CAACAAACAACAAAUACUGUAGAGGAGCCACUUGAUCUUAUCAGACUCAGUCUGGACGAGCGAAUCUAUGUCAAAAUGAGGAAUGACAGAGAGCUUAGAGGCAGACUACACGCAUAUGAUCAACACUUAAACAUGAUUUUGGGUGAUGUGGAAGAAACUGUGACUACAAUAGAGAUUGAUGAAGAAACCUAUGAAGAGAUUUAUAAAUCUACCAAAAGGAAUAUUCCGAUGCUGUUUGUCAGAGGGGACGGCGUUGUGCUCGUAGCUCCCCCGCUGAGGGUUGGUUGAAGCAACAAAGGAUUUAACCUUACUGGAAAGUUCCAGACUUUUGGACAGUGGUUCAUGUUUAGAUCCUGUUUCAAAAUUCUGCACAUGUUUUUUUAUAGGGUGUUUUUGUAUGUUUUUUUUGGGAAGGGGAGGGAAGGGGAACCACUUUGUCUUGCAGAGAGUCCAUGUAGUCAAUUGAAGCAGUGUAAACCCAACCUGAUUUUCUCAGAGUUAAUCUAACUGCUGUAAAUUGACUGUCUUGUCACACCAGUAAAAGAAUCCUUUAUUUUCUCACUCUUGGCAAUAGUACUGUCUUUUCUGUUUGUUUGUUUUUAAAUAAAUUUUGGUUUAUCUUUCAGA